UCUACUACGAUAAUGCGCCUUUUUAAUCGGUUUUACGCCCUUUGCGCCAUUGCGGCGUGUACGAUUCUUUACUCGGCGUGGUUUUUGACGUCUCACAAUUAUGGCGAUAUCGUUCCGCUUAGGUCGGGACAGUUUCAGACAGCGGAGCAGUUUGAUCAGCGAUUAGUGGUCUUUGGUGAUUCAUGGAGUGAUAAUGAGACAGAGGAGUCACAGGGGAAGGUCUGGACUGAUUGGCUUUGCGAUAUGUUCUCGUGUCACCAGGAGAACCUCGCCGAAACCGCCAAGUCCGUACUCAGGGGCAAGUAUGCAGGAUCAGUUGUCGACAACGCAGAGCUGGAUAUGUUAGGCCGUUUGUCUCAGACAAGGCUCGGAGACUUCAAGACACAGCUUCAACACUGGCUUGAUGCGGAGAUGAAACUGGUUCAAGGCUUCUCCGAGGAGCAGAUCAAGUCUCGACAGGAGCGGUCGAUCUUCGUUGUCUCGUUCGGUGUCUGGGACAUUUGGAGUUUGGUUUCAAAGGAUUACAACGCUGCUCUUGCAUCGAUUGAUCACCGGGUCGAGAUCAUUAUGGAUCAGUUGAACAAGCUCUCCGAGACCUUGGGCUAUGAUAAGCUCAAGAUUAUCCUGACUCAGUCUGUCGACGUGACUUUCUUGCCUGCUUUCUCAUCUGCUUUCACGAGCCAGGGUGACGAGUACAAAAAUGCGGUCAAGCUGAUCUCGCACUGGAACAACAAGCUGCGGGAGACCGCGCAGUCAUGGGAAAAGGGAUCGAUCUACCUGUUUGAUACAAAUGCCUUCCUAUUGGAUCGUAUUCGGGACUGGCAGUACUAUGCAGCGGGUAUCAAGGCCGAAAGUGGAUUGGGCACGAAUGAGGAUCCUGGAUGGGAGAAUGUCGCUGAUGCCUGCGUCGAAUCAGAGGGAGCGAUUAAGGUCAUGAUGUCAAAGGAUAAGCAUCAGGCGUGUGAGAACCCGGACAAGUAUCUGUUCUGGAACGAAAUGAGUCUGGGUCCAUCUGCGCACCGAUUGAUGGCGACGGAGAUUUAUCAAGGUAUUGAUGGAGUUUUGUUAAAUGCUAAGGAGUCAACCUAG